AUGGCAGACAACAAUGGCGUGCCUCGCCGAAAGCCCGUCCCGAGAUCGCAAUCCUCGCAGCAGCCAUUGCCCGAGACCUGGGCCGCCGACCUGACAUCCCAAUUCCGCCGAACCCUCUCCACCAAGCGCAUGAACCAGCUGAGCAGUCGACCGGGAUCGCAGAGACGGCGAGUCGUCGUCGACCCGCAGCAGCAACAACCGCCUUCCCAGCCAGCCACCGACGCAUCGAGCCAUGCCCCUCCACCCUUACCCUCGAGAGCCGCCCCACAACCACCACAAUCCGAACCACCACUUCCACCGCCUCCCUCAUAUUCGUCGCUCAAAUACCUGCCCAUCGUACCUACACCCCCAGCCGAUCCGAAGUCCUUCCGCUUUCGGAACAUGCUGCUCACGCUCUCGGCUACACCGUGCAAGUGGGAGAACCCUGGACUACUCGACGAAGCGCUAUCCGUCGUGCCAUUGGAGCGCAUAUACAACGAGGCGCAAGAAGAGUCGGACCUGUUCGAGGCAGAAGCUCAAUCAUUGGGACCAAACACGAAAGCGGCAUGGGGCUACCAAGACUGCGUCAUCCGCGCAUUGCUGAAGUGGUUCAAGCGCGACUUCUUCGAAUGGAUCAACAACCCCCGAUGCUCUACCUGCCGGUCACCGACUGUUGCGCACGGCAUGGCGCAUCCUUUACCGGAUGAACAUGCCCGAGGUGCAGGUCGCGUGGAGCUGUACAAGUGCGCCAACAUGCAGUGCCAGUCUUUCGAGCGCUUCCCACGAUAUAACGACGCAUUCGUUCUGCUGCAAACAAGAAAAGGCCGAUGCGGCGAGUGGGCAAACUGCUUCAGCAUGCUCUGCCGAGCCAUGGGCGGGAGAGUACGAUGGAUCUGGAACGCAGAAGACCACGUCUGGACGGAAAUCUACAGCGUCCACCGCAAACGAUGGGUGCACGUCGACUGCUGCGAAGAAGCGUGGGAUGCGCCCCUCCUCUACGCCAAAGGCUGGGGCAAGAAAAUGUCCUACUGCAUCGCCUUCAGCGCCGAAGGCUGCGUCGACGUCACCCGCCGCUACGUGCGCAACCAGACCGAACACGCCGUCCCGCGCGCCAAAUGCCCCGAGGGCGUCCUGGCACACAUCGUGCAAGAGAUCAACUCGCUGCGCCGCAAGGACAUGGAGAAGAAGCAGCGCUUCCAGCUCAACGCCGAGGACAUGAAGGAAGACGCCGAGUUCCGCAAGAACAUCAUCGAGGCGCUCGCGUACGACAUUGGGCGGUUAUCGCCGGGUGGUGAGGAUGCGAAGGGCGGGAAAGGGGGACGGAGAAGCGAGCGCGGGGAUCCCGAUGCGCAGAAGGCUGCGGAGGGCCGGCAGUCGGGGGCGAGAGAGUGGGUGAGGAGACGAGGCGAGGGCGGGCCGAAUAAUGCGGCGCAAGACCAGGGUCGGGAACAGAGGCAGCAAUGA